UGAAGGUAUCAAAUUUGUUUAAAUUGUAUUCAAUUGUUCCCUGGAAGAACAAUGAACUCUCAUGUAGAAGUGGCUUCAGAUGAGGAAGAAGAAGAAAGGUCCCCUCCCUCAAGCUCUGUAAUGGACCUUAUAAGAAACCAGCUCUCGGCCACAUGUGUGGCAGUCUAUGGAGGGCCAAAGUCAGUAAUUAUGCAAAGCCAAGGGCUCAAAUAUCCUGUUGGAGUAAUGGAAUUGCCAGACCACAGCGUUCUUGUUUGUGACACGUUCAACCAUCGACUGGUGCGGUUCGAAGAAGAUGGUAAAUAUUAUCACAUUAUAAAAGGAACACCGCCAAUGUGUAACCCUUCUGCUGCUGUUCUCAUUCCUGAAAUAAUUAGAGCACCUGGAGAUCAUGUCCCUGCCGAGCCUUUCUUUGCAGUCAAAGACAAGUUCAACAUACAUGUCUAUAAUUCCAACUACGAUCAGAUAGACAUUAUUCAGAGACUGAAACAUCCUUAUGGUUUGACAAUGGAUGACAAAGGAAUAUUAGUGACUGUGGAGACGGGAGGUAAUUUGCCGGUCAUCACAAAGAUCAACCUUGUCACUAAAAUGCUAACUCGUGUACCAUUCAACCUCGUGCCCAAUGAACAGAAGAGGCUCAGCAGCAAGCCACGCUUUAUAGCCUACCACCAGGACGAUGUUCUGGUUGUGGUUGAUCUGGGUUUAGACCUAGUAGCGAUGGUUGCGAUGGAAGACGGGUCAGUGCUGCGCACUUUCGGAUCGCCGGGCUCGGGUCCGGGGCAAUUCCGUGAUCCUUCGGGCGUUGUGUGCGACGAAGAUGGCUUCAUCAUCAUUGGAGACUCGCGCAACCACCGAGUACAGAUAUUUUCUGAGACUGGCGAGUUCAUGUGCGUAUUGCCCGUGGACCGGCCCUUGAGACGCCCGUCGGGACUCUUCCUCACACCAUGUGGUCACCUCAUCGUCAUUAACUACUGGGAGAACAACGUCGUCAAAUACAAGCUCUCUGUUGCUGUGCAAGGCUGUUGAACUGCGAUGCGGUGGCGACGGAGACUGGAAUUGCGAUGCGGUUGGGUCGAUUUUUGCCUCGAUAGCAGAAGUUGUGUGUGAAUUGAAUGUGGUGCCUCGAAGACGCGAUAUCUAAUAUAAAUACCUAAUUUAAUAGUACUUCAUCUUCGUAAAAGUCGUGUAAAAAUUGUGAACUUUCAUGCAAGUUUCUUGCCCCACUUCUUCUCAAUUUGGUUAUCUCGGUAGUCUUUUCUACUUUUCGGCUUAAAUACAUUGAAGUUUUUUAUUAUUUUCACUUGAAGCUAGUUAUUUCUGUCGAAGCAGUAGUAAUUUCUUACGUUAUUUCCCUUCAAAUCUCGCGGCUAUAAAUUUUUUAUGAUGCAUUAAUCACAUUCAAUCAAAUAUCAUCGUAGUUGCAAUGAUCCUAAAUCGGGAGUUGGUCUUGUAUCUUUAGUUAUGAAAGGAUGUUCUUAUUAAGUGCCUUUUUUCCUGUGUACAUACAUCGCUCACUUGAAUUCAAUCAGCGUUCGAUGUGGCAGUUUAUUCUCUGUUCGUUUGUGAAAAGAUGAGCGUUUUUUCUAACGUCCGUUUAAGCAGUUGUGCUUAGUUUUCAUUGUUGAAUUUUCUUUAGUUUUUCUAAUAAUCUCGUUGCUUCCUAGAUGCCCGUUUUCAUUGUUGAAUUUUCUUUCAGUCUUUCUAAUAAUCCCGUUGCUUCCUAGAUGCCCUACAGGGUGAUUUUUGUUCCUGCUAGAUCCGCCCGACUGUUUCCCUGUGGUUGAUCGGGAUUGGCUUCUUUAUAUUCGCGUUCUUGGCCUGAACCGUCGCAAGAGACCUUGGGCGGGACACCGUCAUCAAUUCCUUCUACUUCGUUUUAUUUUCUGUUCUGGGGCACUUUGCCAGCUUCAACGUGCUGUUAGUACGAGUUCUCUCAACCAAUCAAUAUCAAAUGUUUUGUUUUCAUUGCUAUGAAGAUUGUUGUGGAGCGUAAGGAAGUUUUUGUCAAAAUAUCACUGCUAUCACUCAUGAAAAUGAUGGAUUGUAUAUCUCGCUAUGCGGAAUGUGAUUGCAGUUAUUUUAGCCAUUAUUUAUUGUUAGGUAAGCUGCUCUUAAAGAUUUAAAUCAAACUGUCGAGAUAUGAAAAGUGUUAGGCUUCAUCAUCGAUUGUAUUAUGUUGGAUGCUCUAUAUUUUCACAAAUUGGAAUAUUGGCCUGUUUACUCAGUCAAAUGCAAACUAAGGAAGUGUAUGCCGUUGAAAUAUUCUCAUGGUGCUAGAUUGAGCAGCUCGUUAUCGCUUCUUGAGUCGUUCAUGAGUAAAUUGUUGAAGCAGCUUUCUUCUAAAAUUCGAUGCGUGGGGGAUUUUAGUUAGAACGGUAGCGUUCUUAGGUCACGAUGUUAGAGAGCUGCAGAUGUGCAGGGUAUCUUGUGGAGUAGCAUGUUCUGGCGUAUUACCGAUUUCUCAAUGAACUGAUACUGAUAUCUCGUUGGACUGAUGGUUUUACUGAUUUCUUUACUCAUUAUUCCAUGAGCUGUGGAUUUAUUUUAGGCACAUAAAAAGUGCGGGUGUUGUGCUAACUUGCAUUAUUCUCUUUACUUUGAAGUGUAAUUUCUUUACUUGUCACUAUGUGUACAUCACCAAAACGGAAAUGUGCUUUCUGUUAUUGAUAAAUGUAUUAGUUCUAGUCAUUAGUGGAUUUGAUCUACAAAUAUUCUGCCGUAACUUUUAAUACAAGUUGCGCUAGUAUAUUUAUCUAAUAAACUACUCCGCUAAUA